CUCAACAUCAUGCUUUCAGAUCAAGAAGAGGAGGUAACGGUUGAACUUUUGCCUUUCCUCCGUGUCCGUAAGGACGGCACGGUGGAGCGACUCUAUAACCCAACACUAUCUCCACCAUCACCGUCUGCGACCACCACUGGCGUCUGCUCUAAAGACACCGUCAUUUCACCAAAUGUCUCAGCCCGUAUCUACCUACCCAACCCAGCUUCAUUGCAUAGCAAGAAACUACCCAUCUUGGUCUACUUCCAUGGUGGAGGUUUUUGCAUAGAGUCUGCCUUCUCCACCCACUGCCACCGAUACAUAACCACCAUAGCAUCUCUGGCCAAUGCUCUUAUAGUCUCAGUUGACUACAGAUUAGCUCCAGAAAACCCUCUUCCGGCAGCUUAUGAAGAUUCAUGGACUGCUCUACAAUGGGUUGCUUCACAUGCCAACAAAGAACACAACAAAAAAGACGAACCAUGGCUGGUUCAGCAUGCAGAUUUCGACCGUCUAUAUAUAGGUGGCGAUAGUGCAGGUGCAAAUAUUUCACACCAUAUGGCCAUGCGAGCUGGCAUUGAAGAUUUGCAUGGCAGGGUCAAGAUUCUUGGUGUGUUUCUAUCACACCCAUACUUUUUGGGGUCAAAACCACUUGGCUCAGAGCCGAUUACCGGUCGCGAAAUGUCUCUUUUAUACAAGACGUGGAUUAUCGCUUAUCCUGGUGCUCCUGAUGGUAUCGAUAAUCCAAGAAUCAACCCAUUUGCCAAAACUGCGGCUUGUUUAACGGGUCUUGGAUGUCGAAGGUUGAUGAUUUGUGUUGCAUCAGAGGACGAGUUAAGAGACCGAGGGGUACGAUACUACGAUGCAGUGAAAGAGAGUGGAUGGCAAGGGGAAAUAUCGUUGUUUGAGGUCCAAGGAGAGGGUCAUAGCUUUCAUAUCUUUAACCCUGAAACAAAGAAUGCAAUGGAGAUGUUUACACGUUUGGCUGGAUUUCUCCAAGAGUGUUAAUAGAAUAAACACGGUGUAUAUAAGACUCAUUCUUUGAUG